AAUACAUGCUUUGUUGUAGGUCGAAAAUUUUCAGUUGCGGAAUGUAUUGACGUUUGAGAAGUCCAUGAGGAAUGUUGUACGAAGAACAUCCUAACGCAUUUAAUAAUAAACGCUUUUACUAUGUAUUGUCCUUGUAGAUUGCUGUCUUCCUUUCAUGCCUGUGGUUUGAAAUUUGAAAACAUAUAGCUGUGUAUAUAUAUGUAUCCGGGGAGUAACGCAGAAAAUCUUUUGAUGUAUUGAUUUUGUGAUAGAGCGAAAUGCUCAGGAGCGUCAAUACAUGCACGCUUACAAGCGUCUACAUAUACAAGAAAUGCCAAUCAUAAACGGUUAACGGAUUAUUAUUAGAGAUGCUUUCUUGCAAAUCGGCGUAGUUGACGCAUAAGUUGGAGUGACGAGCUAACCGGACAGCACUUAAGGUUCUUUCCGGCGAAAGUUUCACGUCUGAAACAAUGAAAUUGUACCUUGUGGUUCCCAAUAGUUUUGUUUUAUUUACUCCGUACAGAUGCUCGUACUACUUGACAGUCUUGUGUAAUAUUAAGAACGUAGCAGUUGUAACAUCUGGAUGAGCAGCCGAAGGCGCAAUGUAGGGACCCGAAGUUUCCUCACAAUGGAAAGAAUAGAAGAUAUGUUGUUCUCAGCUAUCUCUAAGGGGGAUGUGCAUAAUGUUGGAUACCUUCUUUCAAAAGGUGCAAACAUGAAUGUAAUCUGUGGACAAGGACGUACAUCUCUGGGACUGGCUGCAGAGCUCGGUAAUACAGCAGUGCUCCAGAAAUUACUAGAUUUCAGUAAUGCACCAGCUAUUUACAGCCGAGAGCGUGAUAAUAGAAAACGUCGUGCAAAGAAGUGGAAACGUGAUCCAGAAUUGGGUGGGACACCAGUAAAUCAGAAUCAUACAGCUGCUGCACAAACUAGCACCAGUAAUCAAGGUUAUUUUGUAAUGGUUCAUGGUGAUGAUCCAUCAUCAGCUUCUACUGCCUCAUCCUCAUCCUCAUCUGCAUUUCCUUCAGCAGAGGUUCGCACUCCUGAAGGCAUGGAUGCACUAGAAUGGGAUCCAGAGAUGUCAGCAACUGCUCCAGGGCCUCCUGAUAAAGAUGAGGAACAUUGGAGUAGACUUUACAUGUGGUAUGCUGGUAUACUUGACAGAACUAGCACAAUGUAUGACAUACCACAUAGUUGUGAUGUAAAUCACCAGGAUUACUACAGUCGCUGUGCUCUGCAUUAUGCUGCAGAACAAGGUCAUGAAGAUGCUGUUUUACUACUUACUGCUGCUGGAUGUCGUGUUGAUAUUGGAGACAAAGAGAACCGCACUCCUUUACAUCUAGCAGCUUCCCGUGGGCACAGUGCUGUAGCAGUCCACCUGCUUGACUCAGGGGCAGAAGUUAAUCGCAAAACUAGUGACAGGACAUCAGCAUUGCACAUUGCAGCUUCAAGAGGCUUUACGAACUUUGUACGUGUUUUACUGGAGCAUGGAGCAAAUGUUGAUGCACUUGAUGCAUCAGAUCGCACCCCACUGAUGUUAGCAGUGUUACGUCGCCGUGAUCAAGUUGUGCGUGUCCUAGUUGAACAUGGUGCUAAAGUCAACAUUGAAGAAAUUCAUGGUUAUACUCCUCUUUGUGAAGCAGUUUGGCAAAAGAGUGUACCUAUGGUGAAAAUUCUUCUGGAUGCUGGUGCAAAAGUGACACAGUCUCACUACCUAUUGCAUUACGCCAUAAUGCAUCGCCAGGUAGACAUGGCACGUCUGUUGUUACAAGCUGGAUGUAUUGUCAAUUUGCGUGAUGACAAUGGUGACACACCACUCAUUGCUGCUGCUCGUACUGGAAAUUGUGAAAUUACGGAGUUGCUUUUAAAAAAUGCAACACAAUUUCCAUGCCACUCCUCUGCCCUGUGUGUUAUUACUGGUUUAGUAAUAUCAAUCAAGAAGCCUAAAAUACCCCUCUCACGAGGUUCGCCACAACAACAACAACAACAACAUGCUGCAGCAAUUAUAGAUUUGUGGCUGGAGUUGGUAGGCACUGAAAUGUAAAUGUAAUCUAAUGAGGAAAUGUGGAAGUCUCCAUUGAGGAUGUAAACUGUGGUGAAACAUGUUUGACUAGACACAAAUAUAUAGCUCUGUUGAGAAUAAUUUAUGCAGGCACAGAGCUUUAAAAAAUCCAAGACUAAUGUAUCUGAAUUUCUGCCAGGACACAGUCAAUAUCUGGGCAGGCUCUGUGGCAUUUAACAGUUACUUGCCUGCCUUAAAAAAAACGUACAUCAUAUUAGGCAUACUAAUGCCAAAGGUGUGUGUCAUAUUGUAAUAAAAUCACUGUUUCCUUGAGAAUUAUUGGAAAUAUGCUACCACCUAAAGUAUAUUAACAAAACUAUUUAAUGUGCAAGCGUUGCUCAUGUGACUGAAGUAGAGAGGGAACAUGCUAUUACUGAGACUGACAAGGAACUGCAGCCUUUUAUUGCCAGAAUAUGCAAAGAAAAUUUUGUUUUGUGGUCUUGAUUGCAAAUGUGGUGUAUUCUAGUAAUUUUUAUUGGAUUUUUUAAUUAUGUUUCCUACUGUUAGAAGUAUUUUUAUGUGCCAUCGUAUUAUCAAGUCUGAUUACAAACUCAAUUUUCAUAUGUGCUGCCCACAGAGGCAUCCAUUUCUGUUGCAAUAUUAUCAGAACUUUUUGUUUCUACCCUACCACAAACAUUCUCAAAGAAACUCUUAAUUUGAUAAAAGAACUCUUAAGGAUAAAUGCUUUUUGUUGUCCACAAAAGAUGAGCAUGUGACUAUUUUACCCUACGCCACUAAAAAUAAGUGUGCAUUACUUUGUUUUAC